GCCGUCUAUCACACUUCAACACUAUCUACCGCUAUAGCUGUCCACAAAUUAGUUUGCAGUCCCUCCACCAGUGCUCAAUUCAAUAAAUAGUGCACUGGUUCUCACUUCUCAGUCAAUAGUUAUUUCUUAUUUAAUAUUUAGUCAUAACUCAUAAGUUCAAAACUCGACCGAAAAUCCCGAUACCGUGUCUUAUUUCACACCCGUUCACUCUACAUUUAUACUUUAUACAUUGUAAGUCGUUGGUCGUUGGACAAUAAGCAAACGCUUAUAAACACUCAUAGUUUUUAGUCAUUUUGAAUUAUAUCGUAUAGGCGAAGUGCAGUUCGUCCAUAAUUUGGUUUCGGUGUGUAUUUUUAAAACGAUACCUGUUUUACUGACUUAACUUGUGAUACAUUUUAUUAUUACACGAUGUGCAUUUUUUUUUUACGUUUAAAAUAAAUUAUUGUGCGUGUUGUUAUUUUUGUAUGGUCGAAUACUCUUCGGUGUUUUUGGACGAUGGCGAAAAUGACGCAAUCUCACGGAUAUAUACCCCCCCUCUCGACGCGCUUCAUUAAUCACGCCAUGGCCCUUUUGAAACGGCGGCAUAAUUAUCCACCGAACACCAAAUUGGAUGCCAUUACCCAGCUCGACGGCAAUCUGAAGAUCAAAGAAGUCCGACGAAUCAGACGCGAAGUACGCGAUACCUUUCCCGACUGCUACAUCAAUUGGAUAGAUAAAGUCAACGUCCCGGGGAUGUAUGGCAUGUACUUGCUGCGUAAAGAGGAAAUGCAAAUGGAUAACGGCGGAGUGGACGGUGUAGAGGAAAUGAUGCUGUACCACGUGACCCUUACAUCUAGCGCUUUAAAUUCGCUGAAGAGUUGUCUCGACUGGCGGCGCACUCAACGUUCCAGGUAUGGACGUGGCGUGUCGUUCAGUGACAGUAUCGAAUACGCCGACUAUCAUGCCAACAAUUCUACCAGCGAAGGUAAUCGAGUAAUUAUGAUGUGUUCCGUGCUGGUGGCCAAAACGUAUGAGGUCAACCACAAAUUGAACGAAGGACAAAACUUGAUUGUACCGCCCGGCAUGGUUGAUACAACAGUGAGCCGUGACGGCUGCGUCUAUGUCAAGUACAAUGACUUUGAGUUCUAUCCUCUGCAUUUGGUGUACUACGGAUCAAAUGAUUCUGAAGAUGAUGACUAUGAAAAUGAUGACUACGAAUAUGAUGAUAAUUCUUACUACUACAGAGUUGGUGACUUUCACAUAUAUCAUCAAUAUUAUUGAUACUUAUUAUUAUCAUACACAGGUAGCAUUAGGUAUAUUAGUUAAAAACCUCUAGGUGAAAGCCAGAAAGUAUUUAUCUUAGUUUUUGUCAUAACAUUAAAUUCUUUUUUUUUCAUUUUAUUAUAUUUUCUAUUUCUUUUUGAUUUUUGAAUAAAUAGACGAGAAAUUA